AUGUCACUUUUCCAAACCAUUGAGACCCCUGUGCUCUCAUAUGAGCAGCCUUUGGGACUAUUUAUCAACAAUGAAUUCGUCAAAGGUGUAGAAGGCAAAACCUUCGAGACAAUCAACCCUCACGACGAGAAGCCAAUUGUGGCCGUACACGAAGGCACAGCAGACGAUAUCGACAUUGCUGUGAAGGCUGCUCGCACUGCACUGAACGGAGAUUGGAAAAAGGUCACUCCGUCUGAGCGUGGCCGUCUCCUUACUCGCCUAGCGGACUUCCUAGAACGCGACAUCGACAUAUUGGCGGCGAUUGAAGCUCUUGAUAAUGGUAAAGGUGUGACAAUGGCCAGAGGCGACGUUACCGCCUCUGCGGGGUGCCUACGCUACUAUGGUGGCUGGGCCGACAAGAUCUACGGUCAAACAAUCGACACUGAUCCCAAUAGCUUGACAUAUACCCGCCACGAGCCGGUGGGCGUCUGUGGCCAAAUUAUUCCAUGGAAUUUCCCACUCAUGAUGUUUGCUUGGAAGAUUGGCCCUGCUCUGGCUACGGGAAAUACAGUUGUUAUGAAGACGGCUGAACAAACGCCCCUUUCUGGACUCUAUGUGGCUAAUCUCAUUAAAGAAGCAGGCUUUCCCCCUGGAGUGGUGAAUGUUAUUUCAGGAUUCGGAAGAACUGCGGGUGCGGCCAUUUCCGCUCAUAUGGAUAUUGACAAGGUCGCUUUCACUGGGUCCACUUUGGUCGGACGCCAGAUCAUGAAAGCAGCGGCCGAUAGCAACUUGAAGAAAGUGACUUUGGAACUGGGUGGCAAGUCGCCGAACAUCAUUCUCCCGGAUGCAAACCUGGAGGACGCAGUCGAAUGGGUCAACCUGGGCAUUUUCUUCAAUCAUGGACAGUGCUGCUGUGCAGGCUCUCGCAUUAUUGUUCACGAAGCUGUUUAUGACAAAUUCCUAGAGCUUUUCAAGAAGCGAGCAGAGCAAAAUAAGGUCGGAGACCCAUUUCACUCCGAGACCUUCCAGGGACCGCAGGUAUCCCAACUCCAAUACGACCGGAUUAUGGGCUUUAUUGAGGGCGCAAAGGGGGCAGGCGCCACGGUGGUCACGGGUGGCGAUCGCCAUGGUAGCCAAGGAUACUAUAUCCAACCGACGAUCUUUGCUGAUGUCCACGAGGACAUGACAAUUGUGAAAGACGAGAUCUUUGGACCGGUGUGCACGGUGCAGAAGGUCCACAGCGAAGAGGAGGCUAUUCGGGCUGCUAAUGACACAAAUUACGGCUUGGCCGCAGCUGUCCACACCAUGAAUAUCAACACUGCCAUAAGAGUGUCCAACGUCCUCAAAGCAGGAACGGUGUGGGUUAACAACUAUAACACCCUUCACUACCAGAUGCCCUUUGGUGGUUUCAAGGAAUCCGGAAUAGGCCGAGAGCUUGGAUCGUACGCCUUGGAGAACUACACCGAAGUGAAGACAGUCCGCGUGCACCUUGGGCAGUCAUAA